CGUCUCUAAGACAGCUUUGGACUGCCGGCAUUUUCUUUUAAUUCUUCCGUGACGACCACAACCCUGUUAUUUCACUUGAAAAUUCUCUUCCUCCUCAAGGACAAUAACACUGCUAAUUUCCCCUUCGUCCCUCUGCAGUCUGCUACACAAUGCCUGGGUUCUCCGACAGAGAUCGUGGCAGAGAUAGAGGGUACGGUGGUGGACCCCCCCGAUUCAGUGGUGGUGGAGGCAACAGAGGUGGACCUCCUCCAGGAAAGUUUGGCAACCCUGGUGAAAGGCUGCGGAAGAAGCACUGGAACCUUGAUGAACUGCCUAAAUUCCAGAAGAACUUCUACCAGGAGCACCCAGAUGUCACACACAGAACAAUUCAAGAGGUUGAGCAGUACCGCCGAACCAAAGAAGUAACCGUCAAAGGCAGAGAUUGUCCCACACCAAUGGUUAAAUUCCAUGAAGCUUCCUUUCCGAGUUAUGUCAUGGAUGUUAUCCUAAAACAGAACUGGACUGAACCGACCCCUAUUCAGUCCCAGGGUUGGCCAGUUGCCCUCAGUGGCAAAGACAUGGUGGGCAUUGCUCAAACUGGGUCUGGAAAAACACUUGCAUAUCUUCUGCCUGCUAUUGUGCACAUCCAGCAUCAGCCAUUCUUGGAGCAUGGCGAUGGACCAAUUUGCUUAGUACUCGCACCUACCCGUGAACUGGCCCAGCAGGUGCAGCAAGUAGCAGCAGAGUACGGAAGAGCCUCUCGUCUUAAAAGCACCUGCAUCUAUGGUGGUGCACCCAAAGGACCCCAGAUCAGGGACCUGGAGAGAGGUGUAGAGAUAUGUAUUGCUACCCCUGGUCGUCUCAUUGACUACCUGGAGUGUGGUAAGACUAAUCUACGUCGUUGCACUUAUCUGGUUCUGGAUGAAGCCGACCGCAUGCUGGAUAUGGGAUUUGAGCCACAAAUUCGCAAAAUAGUUGAACAGAUCAGGCCCGACCGGCAGACUCUGAUGUGGAGUGCAACCUGGCCUAAGGAGGUUCGCCAACUGGCUGAGGACUUCCUUAAGGACUAUGUCCAGAUUAACAUUGGAGCGCUGCAACUCAGUGCUAAUCAUAACAUCUUACAGAUUGUUGAUGUUUGUAAUGACAUGGAAAAGGAGGACAAACUCAUCCGCUUGCUGGAGGAGAUAAUGAGUGAAAAGGAAAAUAAGACCAUCAUUUUCGUGGAGACCAAAAGACGUUGUGAUGAACUCACCAGGAGGAUGAGGCGAGAUGGGUGGCCAGCAAUGGGAAUUCAUGGAGACAAGAGCCAACAGGAGAGGGACUGGGUUCUGAAUGAGUUCAGGUAUGGCAAAGCUCCAAUCCUGAUUGCUACAGAUGUGGCCUCCCGUGGAUUAGAUGUGGAGGAUGUGAAAUUUGUCAUCAAUUAUGACUACCCUAACUCCUCCGAGGAUUAUAUCCACCGCAUUGGACGCACAGCCCGAAGCCAAAAAACAGGCACAGCCUACACUUUCUUCACCCCCAACAACAUGAAACAAGCCAGCGACCUGAUCUCUGUGCUCCGUGAGGCCAACCAGGCCAUAAACCCUAAACUGAUUCAGAUGGCAGAGGACAGAGGAGGUCGUGGAAGGGGGGGAAGAGGUGGCUACAAGGACGACCGACGUGAUAGGUAUUCUGGGAGUGGGAGGAGCAACUUUGGUGGUAAUAAUUACAGGGACAGGGAUGGUGAUAGAGGUUUUGGGAGUGGGCCAAAGGCUGCCUUUGGUGCCAACAAGGCUCAAAAUGGUGGCAGCUAUAGAGGCGACACUGGUAACUCUAGUGGCAACUAUGGCAACAAUUACGGCAACAGCAAUGGACAGGGUAAUUUUGGUGCUCCAGUAAACCAGGUGGGUCCUUUUGGUAAUCAAAAUUUUCAGGGCCCCCCUCAGUUUGGCAUGCAGCGAUCCAGUCAGAACGGGAUGAACCAUCCACCAUUCCCAUUCAACUCUCAGCCACCCCCUCCACCACAGGCCCAACAGCCUCCACCCCCACCACCAAUGGUGCCCUACCCCAUGCCACCACCCUUCCCACAGUAGUUAAAAUAUACGCACAAUAAGUGGGAACCAUCAUAUUUGUUUUGUCUUGGAAUAUUGCAAUUAUAGCUAUAUGAUUAUACUUUGAACAGUUUAACCUUGUUUUGCUUACAGCAGGGUUGUAGUUAAGUCAACCCAGAGCAGUGAAUGGAGCCAGACUUGUAUCGUAGUUCAUCUACGAUGGCUGCACAUUUCCGUAAAUGUUGUUUUGUAACAUUCCUCUAUAACUUAUUUUUACUAGGUAAUGCUGUGUUUCGGUUUCUGUUAUGUUUCAAGAGAUGUUAAUGGAGAUCAUAUAAAACCAGGGGUGUGGAGCCCCUUUUAAAUAAAACCUGUUAUAUGGAA